AUGGCACCUGUUACAGUCAUUUAUGUUUUGAUGAUACUAAGUUUUUUCCAGCAUAAGACACUGUUUUCCACUAGCCUGGCAAGUGGACAACCAGAUGUAGGGGAUGCAGUUCAGCUGCAUAAUAUUCUGUGGCUUACCAAGCAUGAGUCCAGAGUCAUUCUGUCCUGGAACAAUAACCUGACAAAAGAAGAAACAGAUAUGUACACUGUGAAGUAUAUUUUGAGUUAUAAAUUCUUCAAUACCACUCAUGAAAAGAAAGAAAGGCUGCAGGAAAAGAAAAAGAUAAUACAUCUUGAGUUACAUUCUGGUUUCAAUGCUAAAGUUAAAACCCAACUUCUUGCAAAAGAAACAGAAGAUGUAAUUAAAGAGAGUGACUGGACAGAAUUUACUUACGAGGCACCUCCAGUAUAUAUACAGAAUCUUUCAUGCAUCAUAUAUAAUAUUUCUUUUUUCAAUUGCACCUGGCAUAUUAAAGCAGAAGCUCCUGAAUAUAUUCAGGUUUUUUUUUCUUACAGACAUGUAGGAAAAGACUUUGAAUGUCAGCAAUAUAUAAAAAAUACAAGGGAGAAAAAUAUUGGAUGCCAUAUGAAAGAAAUUUAUUUCCAACCAUCAAGGAAAAUCAGUUUGAAUAUAACUGUAAGAGAUAUGAGAAAUAAUUCAAGAGAACUGUCUUAUUACAAAGCUUUUAUACCUCAGACAAUAGAGAAAUUGAACCCGCCCGUCAAUGUCUCAGUUUCCCUUGAAAACAGAAGUAUUAAAAUUCACUGGAAACCCCCACCUACUAUUGGCUCUGCAAGCAGCAAGUGCUUUUUCUAUCAAGUGAAAAUAACAGAUCAUAAGGUUGUAGAUGUCACUGCAGAGACAUACGAGUACCCAUUUCACAAGCCAGCAAACAAAUGUGCAGCACAAGUGAGAGCAAAGAAAGAGGUAUGCAUAAGGAACAAGAUUUGGAGUGAAUGGAGUGAACCAGUGUUUAUUUAUGAUGAGAAGACACUGGACAUCACACUGUUCUUAAGCCUCACAAUGUUCUGUUCUAUGAUUUUCCUUGGUGUUUUGCUGAUAUGUGCAUGUAGAAGGUAUAAAUGCCUGGAAGUUAUUAUCAUGCCUGUUCCAUAUCCUUCUGAUAAUAUCAGAACUUGGUUAGCUGCAGAUGAUAUUCACCACCAGAUACAAAUGGCAGUGCAACUGGAGAUGGACUCAGAGAUUACUUUGGGAAUACCAGCAGAGAAUGGAGAUGAGAACAUUCAACAACAGAGAUGUCAGAAGGAGACUGGAUUAGAAAAUCUGUAG